UUUCAGUGCGAUUUACGCUUCUCUGAUGUAACCGUAGGAGUCUGCUGUAGUAAAUGAUGCAUUGUCUUUGUGAAGGAGCUUAGGACUUAUUCAUGUGAUAAGCCCUCGCGUUCACAGCCGCGUUCAAGAAUGACACGACCUUCCCGCCCAUUGUCCAAGGGGACUGGUUCAGCUGGGAGGAUGGGCGGGGCAAGGAGACCGAGAUCUUCCAGAACGAGAUAAGUGGGCGGGGCAAGCCUGUGGACCGGCGCGUGAUUCGUCGAGACAUCUACGAGUACGUCUUCGCCCACCCAUCGGGAUGCUUCGUCUGUUCCCGGUUCGUCGUCAGGUCGUGGAAUGUGAUGGAGAGAUCAGACAGUUUCUGCAUCACGCCCGCAUCCCGCAGCAAGGCGCCCACGGCAGCGAACAUCUGCGCGUGGCUCGACGACCGGACGGAGGGGUACGUGAUGUUCCGGCAGGAUCCCUCGCCCAUCAACUGCCGCCCUUCGGUCCACGGGCUGUUCCACUUCGCCUGGCAGAAUCGCUUCAGCUUCACGGGGGAAUGCAACCACCCCGGGGCCCUCCUUCGGUCGUGCCAGGAACCAGGCACUCAGUUCCUCAUCUCCAACCAGAAAUUCGCCAUCAACUACAAGAAGUGUCCCGGGAUUGGCGAAUCUUUUGAAGGACGCGUCGAAUUCUCGUGCCUCGGGAACUGGUACGUCGGCAAGAACCACUACUUCGCCGUCGUGAACACGAAGGAGUCCCGCAAGGAGGAGAAGUACAGGUGCUUCGUCAGGAACCGCGAGGACGACCUGUACCUGGGCCACUCCCUGACGCCGGAGUGCUCGGUGCUGAAGACUCCCGAGAACAGCCCCGUCCGAUUCAGGCUCUCCUACGCCAAGCACGAGGAGGUGACCCCGGGCUGCCUCCUGCCCCGCAACAUGACAGGAAAGUGGAUAUCAACGGGCGCAGGGGAACCGGAAGUGACCAUCAACUCCACGCACAUUUCGGAGUCGACGUGGCGAGGGUACAGCACGAAGACGGCCAACUACGUGUGUCUGCAGCAGAGGGGGAACCGCUACCUGACGGCGAAGCUGAGCGUGGAGGGAUGCCAAACCGAGUACGUGUGCUGAGUUCGUCCCCGCCACCACAACAUCAUCCGGUACAGGAGGAGCUGGGCGCUGAUCUAUUCGGAUUUCCAAGUGUGCGACUAUGCAAAUUUCAGGAGUGGGCGGGAGUGGAAGUACGACACGU